AUGGGAGUGUUUUUCAAUGUCAUUAGACCAAUUGUUAGUCUUAUUCCAACAAUCAAUGAACCAACUAAAAAGAUUGGAUUUAAAGAAAAAUUGAUGUGGACAGGAAUCACAUUAUUAGUGUUUCUUGUUUGUAGUCAAAUUCCAUUAAUUGGAACAGACAUUGUAGGAAAUGAUCCAUUUUAUUGGAUGCGUUUAGUUAUGGCAUCAAAUACUGAAAAUCUCGAUUUGUUCAUACAAGAAAUGUGA